AUUGGGCCUUCGCCUGGGACCCGCUGGGGGCUUAAUGGGCACAGCGGGGUACGUAAGAGCCCAAGCGAAGCCCCCAACCCAUUGGCUUUCAUUUAGCGGGCGGUUAGUCAAGAUUUCAUCUUAAGCGCUUCGACAGCAUCAGGAUAUCGCAUACCACUCUCUUCAGACGACGAUUCGUGAUCUAUAUAUAAUUGAUUGUCUAAUUGGCUAGAUCUUGCAUGUGAUGCCAAUUCCGGCCAAGUCACUCCGCAAGAUCCCCUUAUCGCAUCCUGUUACGAGAGCACCAAGGCUUCCAGCAAAGCUGGCCAGCCGUUAUCAACAGCAUGCUCCGAACGAGUGUCAAGAUGGCAUCUACCUCUAGUGAAUUGGUUGGUGCUGCUGGAGGUCGCUAUUUCUCUAAAGAAUUGAUCCAAGAGAGACCGCACCUGGGUCGCGUCUGGUUGGCAACAUCCGGGCAUGAUAAAUUUGUCUUGAAGGAUAUUCCCAAAGAUAUAUUCUCAGGCUUCAAUGAGAACAUACGGCCUAGACUUCGCGAAAAUCCAUACAUUCGGUUACCGUCGGACACCAUCCUAGAUCAGCGCAUAUUUGUAUACAGAUACCUGACCGACGACUUCCUGAGCCUUGUCAGAAAACAAAUCCCGAUGCAAGCCAGGAAGCAAAUCCUUAAGGCUAGUUUACGAGGGAUUGCCGAAUUGCACGACCGAGAUAUCGUCCAUUUAGAUAUCAAGCCUGACAAUAUCAUGGCCAACUGCCGCCACGUCGGUCAAGAGACCAUAGUCGAACAGGUGCAGAUCACUGACGUCGAAAAUACGGCCUAUCUCCCUAAAGGCAGGUGCAUUAAAGGGAUGUUGGCUGGCAAUGACAAUUGGCGCAGUCCAGAGGCGCAUUUCAAAGGCGAGCUCAACAAACCGUCUGACAUAUUCUCUUUCGGAGCCGUGUGCAUCUACGCUGUGCUAGGGCGUGUUAUAUUCGGGCCUGAUGGUGAUUUCCAAAAACAUCAAGCGCAGGGCGCACUGCCCGCUCUUAUUCGCUUGCAGCGUCAAGUUUCGUAUUUUGGGGACCGGGAAGGAUUGAAUGGGCUCAUGAAGCACGUUGGCGAUGAGGAAGUCAAUUGCCAGGUCCUGCGAAUGCUUUGGGAAGAGCGGGCCGCAGACUACAUCCCGUACGAACCGUUUUCGAAUUGGUCAGAUGUUGACGACGCGGAGCUCAAAGAUCUCAUGCAAGGAAUGAUGAAUCUGGACCCUACGAAGCGAAUCACGGCGCGUCAGGCGUUAGAACACCCCUGGUUUGCAGGAUUCGAGGUUAACUAGAUAUUGGAAACUCAUGAUCUUUAUAACACUUGACAUCCUCGUGAAGCGAUGCGAU